GACAUGAACAGGAAGUUAACAAACAAAAUAUGAAAUCGACAGUAUUACAUAUGCUUCCUUGCUAAUCGUUGGACAUUUUAUUUAGUCGUAAAUUUUGGCCAUGUUUGUGCAAUGGCGUAAAACGGAAUUAGUCCAAGUUGCGAGAGGACUGAUACUGUUAAUUUUCGGUUCUGGCGUUUUAUCGGCAUCUUAUUCACCAGAAAGCAAGUGGAAAGUGACCAAUGCUAAUGGCUCUUUAAGAGUGGCAGCCGAAGUGCCGGGCUGUGUGCAUACAGCGUUACUAAAAGCCCGCCUCAUAGAGGAUCCCUAUUACAGGUUCAAUGAUCUUAUAUAUGGCUGGAUUUCCCAUGACAACUGGACAUACUCAACAACCUUCUCUCUGCAAUCCAGCUUCAGGCAGCAAAAAAGGGUUAACCUUAUUCUUGAAGGCAUUGAUACAGUAGCAACUGUUUCUGUUAACAAAGUUCUUGUGGGGAAUACCAACAACAUGUUUCUGAGAUAUAGUUUUGAUGUAACAAAUGUUAUCAAAGAAGUAAAUGUUCUAGAGAUUGCCUUUACCUCUGCGGUUACUUAUGCAGCAGCACAGUGGAAUGCUCAUACUUCAUAUCCUGUACCUCCAGUGUGUUCACCACCAGUGCAAAAGGGAGAAUGCCAUGUCAAUUUUAUCAGAAAGGAACAGUGCUCAUUUAGCUGGGACUGGGGACCUUCCUUUCCAACCCAGGGAAUAUGGAAGCCUAUUGAAAUUGAAGCUUUUGAUAUUUUUCAGUUGGUGUAUCUUACAUCAGUUCCCAGUUAUGAUCUCGUUUCACAGCAGUGGAGUAUUGAAAUUGAAGUGUACUUAGAAUUACUUACUCUGAUGAGACAAGUUGAAGGAAAAGUGAUAAUCCAGAUUCCCAAAUUAGAAACCCUGGAAUUGCACAACUUCAUACUUCAGCCAGGGGAGAGUAGAAUCAGACUCAUCCAGGCUAUAAAUAAGAGUGUUCCUGUUGAUUUAUGGUGGCCUCAUGGACAUGGAGAGCAAAAUGGGUAUGAUACUGUAAUCAAUAUUUCUAUGAAUGGGCACAGUAUUGAAAGAAGGAAAAAGGUGUAUUUUCGCUCUGUGGAGCUUAUACAGGAACCUGUUCCAGGAUCGGCAGGCCUUAGUUUCUACUUUAAGGUUAAUGGACAGGCGGUUUUUAUCAAGGGUUCUAACUGGAUCCCGGCAGAUUCUUUUCAGGAUCGUGUCACUCUAGAUAUCUUAAGAAACCUGCUGCAGUCUGCUGUUGAUGCUAAUAUGAAUACCCUGCGUGUCUGGGGAGGAGGUGUUUAUGAACAAGAUGAAUUCUAUAAAAUCUGUGAUGAACUGGGGAUUAUGAUAUGGCAAGACUUCAUGUUUGCAUGUGCAUUCUACCCUGUUGAAGAGAGUUUCCUAGAAAUUGUAAGGAAAGAAAUUACACAUCAGCUAAGAAGGCUGAAAUCACAUCCUUCAAUUAUAUUAUGGAGUGCCAAUAAUGAAAAUGAAGCAGCAGUUGCAACCAAUUGGUUUUCAGUUCCUUCGUCAACAUUACCAAUUUAUAUGAAAGACUAUGUAACACUUUAUGUGAAUAAUAUUCGAGAUAUUAUUAUAAAUGAGGAUAAAAGCAGACCAUUUUUAUCAUCAAGCCCUACAAAUGGGCAGGAAUCCAUUAGAGAAGGGUGGAUUGCUAAAAAUCCUUAUGACACAAAUUAUGGUGAUACCCAUUUCUAUAACUACACAAAUGACUGCUGGGACUGGAAAAAAUUUCCAAAAACUAGAUUUGCCUCUGAGUAUGGGUUCCAAUCUUGGCCAUCAUUUUCAACUUUACAAAAGAUUUCCAUACCAGAAGACUGGGAUUUUAUAAGUAGUUUUACAGAUCAUCGCCAGCACCAUUUAAAGGGCAAUAAAGAGAUGAUAAUGCAGGCGUAUCUUCACUACAGCCAACCCAUGUCUAAGGAUCCCCUUCAAAAGUAUAAAGAUACACUUUAUUUAACACAGGUCAUGCAGGCACAAUGCAUUAAAAUACAAACUGAAUUUUAUCGGCGCAGUAGAAAUGAAGUGGUUGAAGGGAAAGGUCAUACAAUGGGUGCCUUAUACUGGCAGCUGAAUGAUAUCUGGCAGGCUCCUUCCUGGUCAUCUAUUGAAUAUGGUGGAAAAUGGAAAAUGCUUCAUUAUUUUGCAAAAUCUUUUUUUGCACCUGUGCUGCCAGUAGGAUUUGAAGAUGAUGGGACACUAUACAUCUACGCAAUAUCUGACUUGCCAAAAGACCUUCAGCUUCAGCUAUUGAUAGAGGUGUAUCAAUGGAGCAGUAUGGAUCCUGUGUGCUCAACGAUAACUGAAAGUCUUGUUGUGAAAGCUGAAAGUGCUCACCCAAUCUAUAAGGAAUCGGUCAGCAGUCUAUUAAAAACAGGUGGAAAUUGCACAAGAGAAAGAUGUGUUGUUGUCUUCUCACUUCAAGCAUAUGGGAAACAAUAUGGUCCGAACAACCACGUCUACCUUUCGUCUCUUAAUGUGGCAGAAGGCCUGAAGAAACCACAAAUAUCAGCCGUUAUUGGACAGAGAAAGGAGGAUUUCAUUAUCACCUUGAAGACUACAGCCAUUGCUCCUUAUGUUUGGUUGGAUGUGGGCGAUAUCCCCGGGCAGUUUGACACAAAUGGAUUCUUGAUGCUGGAGAAUUUGAAAAACAUUACAUUUUUGCCCUGGAAACCCACCACAAUUGCUGAAAUGAAUAAGUUGCUCCAGAUCACCUCACUUAUGGAUAUUUCUUAAUGGAAAACCAGUAUUUCAGUUGUUAAAAUAUCAGCCAUAUUGGCAAAAUCUAUUGUUUUGCAUUACUAUGAAAUCUAGUAUUUGUUUUUGUAUGAAGUAUAUAGUUUUUCUAAUUAUAAAAGUGCUGGUAUGAUAAUUAUAAAAUAAACAAUGUAUGCAGGAAACAAA